GUGUCGACAACUCCAAAGAAAAUUCAAAAUGACUAGGUGUGGGCUGCUAGCGUCAGCGCUGUUGGUGAACUACUUGCUGGUGGCUGGAAGCGCCCUGGUAGCCGGUACCAACUCCGAUUUCUCUAGUCAACGUACCUGCGAGCCGAUCCGGAUCGAGCUGUGUCGCGGUAUCGGUUACAAUGAAACGUCCCUGCCGAACAUCGUCGGCCACGAGCUGCAGUCGGAUGCGAACUUCACGCUGCAAACGUUCUUCCCGCUGAUCCAGUUCGGUUGCAGCAAGCAGCUGAAGUUUUUCCUGUGCGCCACCUACGUGCCCAUGUGCACGCCGAAGGUCUCGAUGCCGAUCGGACCCUGCCGGAGCCUGUGCAACACGGUGAAGAACCGCUGCCAUCCGAUCCUGCAGGGGUUCGGCUUUCCGUGGCCAUCGGCGCUGGACUGCAACCGUUUCCCGGAGGAGAACAACCACGAGCACAUGUGCAUGCAGGGUCCGGGCGAGCCCUCGGAGGGUGAGGUGAUGGUGUCCGAUCGGCCCUCCUGCCAGCGGCUGCAGAAGUCGAACCUGUACGUGCAGCUGAACCGGUCCGGACGCUGCGCCCCACUGUGCGAUGCGGACAUCCUGUUCGAGCAGAACGAGAAACACUUUGCCGAGGUGUGGCUCACGUCCUGGAGCGUGGCCGCCCUCGGCACGGCGAUCGUGGCCACCCUCUGCCUGAUUCUCUCGACCAAGCGCUGGGACAAAAGCCUGAUGCCGCUCGUCAUCAGUCACUGCUUGGUGACGGUGGGGUGGGCCGUCCGGUGGCUUGCCGGACGCAACGCAACGGCCUGUGGCUACGAUCCGCAACUUCCUGGCGUUGCGCUUCUGCUAACCGACGGCCUGUCGACCGCCCCGUGCGCGGCCACCUUCCUGCUGCGGUAUUACUUCGGCCUGUCGGCAGCUGUUUGGUGGAUGAUCUUGUGCCUGCGUUGGAGUAAAGCGGUCCGUCGGCAGCUCAAUGCCGAGCUCGGCUCGCCGUCCGAUCUGCACGCGGAGAAGCCGGACUCGUCGCACGACACACUGUUCCAGCUGGCGGCCUGGGGCAUUCCGGCGCUGCUCACCGUCAUCGUGCUCGUGGCGCGUCUGGUCGAUGCGGACGAACUUUUCGGAUCCUGUUUCAUUGGAAACCAAUCCGAUAAGGCACUGCUGACGUUCGUGAUCGUGCCCCUGCUGGCGAGCUGGGUCAUCGGGUCCGGCUACCUCUUCACCGCGUACCUCCGCAAGCGUUCGGCCGCCCCGCCCCUCGUCCACAACCUGCCCGUGCACAUCCACGGCAUGGGCAAGUUCCUGUUCAUCUACGCCGUCCCGAGCGCGGCGCUGCUCAUGCUGAUGUUCUACGAGUACGCGUGCCGGGAAAACUGGCUCCAGCUGCCGCACCCUUCGUCCGAGCCGGUACUACCCGCCCGGGCCCCCCUCUGGCCGUUCGUCCUGCGGGCCUUCAUCGAGCUGCUGGUGGGCGUUCUCGCCUCGGCUUGGGCCGUCGGUCCCCGCAUCGUUGGGCUGUGUCGAGGGCGCAGUGGGAGCGGGGGACGCGGAGGCCCCAGUAAGCUGCCGAUCGGUGGUGGCGGUGUGGGUGGUUCCGUGGGUGGUGGUGGUGUUGGUGGUGGCGGUUCCAUCUACAAGCAAUCGAUGGGUCCCAAGCUGGGCGGCUUCGGGGGCGGCGCACCGUCCACCUACUCUACCGCUUCGUACCAGACGGUCUGUCCGCAGAACUCGCUCGUGUCGGUGUCGAUCGGGAAGCUGCCACCAUCGCGGCACGGAACGCGGAAGUAUCCUUCCCACUCGCACAUCAACCGGAAGCCUCGCAGCUACAAGAUGUCGACGCAGACGAUCAGUCUCACCGGCAACGAGACGGUGCUGUGAGGAGGUGGGGGAAGGGUUGGAUGAAGGAAGAGGGUGAACCACGCACGGUGUGAACGUGUGCAGUUGUGAUAUUAAUGUUUAGAGAAGUGUUUAAAUUAUUUAACGAAAACCACUAUGCCACCGGUUUCCGAAGGCGGCUUCGGAGAUGUUUUCUGGAGUUCUGUGGACAGUUUGGGGGCCGUUCGUAGGAUAUAACAUAUUUCUGCAAUGGUAAAAGAGGGCUAGUAAGUUGCAAACAAAACAAAAACAAAAGAAAAACAACAAGAAAGGGCAGAAAAACACAAUCAGGAAUGAAAAUAACAGGGUAGUGUAGAAAACCCAUCAUCGAAAAGGAUUAAACCGGGUUGACGAAGGAUGGACGAAAUAUGGAAAGCUAAACGGAACAACGAGCAGAACAAGAAACAUGAGAAACCCUCCAAACCGGUGGCUGUAUACAGUAACAUAAGGAUCGUUUAUUUCAACCUACUUAAACGUAAGGGUUUAAUUAUAUGGUAAACGCUACGAUCGCAAACAAUUUUGCAAACUACAAACAGGGACAGGUUCGUGUUUUCGUUUCGUUUCGUUCGUUUUGGGACGAUCCGUUUUCGUGCGGCCAUCGGUUGGAUGGAAGUGG